AUGGAAUAUUUUCAAUCAGGGACACAAAGUCAGCAUGCCAAAUUUCACGUCGAAUUUUGUAAUCUCUAUGAAUACCUCGACCUAGGAAUCGAACCGUGUGUUAUGGCUUUACUUCCUCGAUUGAAUGAAUAUGACUUUUCACCACAAACAAAGGGCCAUGGCUAUCGUAGUUUAUUGAGGAUUGUCCAGAAAUGCUGCCUGUCGUUAAUCCAGCUUUCGAGACACAUCACUGUCAACAGAGAUUCAAUUUUAUUUCGUAGAGCGUAUUAUUUAAAAGAAUUGGAAGCAUAUGUUCAAACUGUCGGACAGCUGAGAGCAUGUCUGUAUUAUGCUCAACAAGUCAUGAAUUAUUGUCAAGAGGGGAGUUUGUUUGCUGAUGAAGAGACCCUGGACCAUCAAGUUGCUGAUAAGCUUAUGAUGGAAUUUGAGAUGUUGAAUCAAGAUUGUUUUUAUGGCAGAUGUUUAGGUUUUCAGUUUUGUGAAUCAAUGCAGCGUCCACUUCAAAUGGUAGCUAUAGCAAUGGCAUCCUUUAGUGAAGGUUAUCAAGAAACUUCUCAGUUUAUGCAGCUGGCCAGUACAGUUUUUAACAGUGGGAAAUACAUAAUGAAUCCUGAUCUCAGAGGGAAACAGGUUGUGAAUGUAACAAGAUCAGCUGAUGUCAAAUUUUGUAAAGCGUUUUGGGGAAUACCAGAAAGUGAUUUACUACAGCAAUUACCAUCAUGGGUGUGUCCUUAUGUUGAAGUUGAUGAAGUUUUACAACUCGGUCCAGAUUCAUUUGAGAUGAUGUUAGAAGAUGGGACAGAUACUGUAAUGAUAACACCACCUUGUGCCCAUACUGGUCCUAGUUCAGUUAAAGUUCGAUUGAUCUCUUAUAAUCUUAGAGAUGGGCAGGUACAUGGAAUUUCACAUCUUUUUCAUAUGAAGCCAAACACUAAAAAUAAAUCAGGGAAGCCUCAGAUAGCCAAACCUAAAAGUCCUGGUUUACUGAUACACUGUCAUGGUGGAGGUUUUGUUGCUCAAUCUUCUAAAUCACAUGAGGUGUAUCUACGUCACUGGGCUAGAGAUAUUGGUGUGCCUAUUUUAUCAAUAGAUUAUUCUCUAGCACCAGAAUUCCCCUUUCCUAGAGCUUUAGAAGAAUGUUUUUAUGCCUAUUCCUGGGCGUUACAGAACUAUGAUAAACUUGGGUCAACAGGAAAGACUAUAUUGUUGGCUGGGGACAGUGCUGGAGGUAAUCUGAUGAUAUCAACAGCUAUGAGAGCAGCAUCAUUUGGUAUCAGACCUCCUGAUGGUUUAUUAACAGUGUAUCCAGUAGUUCUAGCUAGAUACACUCCAUCUCCAGCUCGACUCAUGGCUUUAAUGGACCCCUUAUUACCUGUUGGUAUACUAUCUAGAUGUCUAGCAGAUGUUCCACAUAGUUACCUAAAUAGCGCUGUAUCAAAGUCCGAGACAUCAAAUAUAACCAAAGUAAAGUCAAAUUUAACAUUACCGUUGCCCAGAACCAGAUCAGUGCCAUCAUUUCAGGAAAAUCGACCCCGUCCAGGUUCGAUGUCACCUUCAGACUUCGCUCGGCACAGAUCAAUAAGUAACAGUCCAUUAAAAGCUGUUAGAAGUAUACCAAUUGUAAAGAACCCCUACAUGUCUCCAUUACUGGCACCUGAUGAACUGUUGAAAGGUUUACCGGACAUAUGUAUAGUGGGUUGUCAUCUGGACCCACUACUAGACGAUUCUGUGAUGUUUGCCAAGAAACUAAAGAAAUUAGGGAAGAAAGUUGAACUUGAGCUAAUCGACGACCUACCACAUGGUUUUCUGAAUUUUUCAAUGGCAAGUAAAGAUGCCAAGAAAGCUUCAGAUAAUAUCAUAGUUAAACUUAGAGAUAUGUUUAAAAUGGAUUAUAUCACACCAAAGACAAACACCCCUGUUUAA